AUGGUUGAUCAGCUCCAGGGAACAUGGAAAUCCAUUUCUUGUGAAAAUCUUGAAGAAUAUAUGCAAGAAUUGGGAAUAGGAAGAGCCAGCAGGAAACUUGACUGUCUGGCAAAACCCACUGUGACAAUCAGUACCAAAGGAGAUGUGAUCACUAUAAAAACCAAAAGCAUCUUUAAAAAUAAUGAGAUCUCCUUUAAACUGGGAAAAGAGUUUGAAGAAAGCACCCCAGGUGAUCAUAAAACCAAGAAUAGGGUAACCUUAGAUAACGACUCCUUGAUUCAGGUUCAGGACUGGGAUGGCAAAGAGAGCACCAUAAGGAGAAAGUUGGUGGGUGGGAAGAUGGUGGUGGUGAAAAGUGCCGUGAACAGUGUUACCUGCACUUGGACAUAUGAGAGAAUACAAACAAACUCUGUCUCAGAUUCUCAAGCACUCCCAAACUGUGAUCCAAACUGCUGA